UAUCCACCUGACAGCGAGAGAGCGAGAGAGAAGGAGCUGACCACUGACCAUACACCGUGAGCACAGGGCACAACUACUACUGUAGAGAAGGCAAAAGAAGGAGCUUUUAUUCAUUUGGAGUGGAGGAACCGGUGAAAUGGUCUGAUAUUGGUUUUUGAAGGAGUUUUAUUGUAUGUUUGGACCUCCAGAAACUAAGACCACUCUGCACUCCACAAGACAUCCAAAGAUCUCUCCUCCUCUCUGUUCCGUCCCGUCGCGUGGAGAUGACUGACCCGGGCCCCAGCUGGUGGAAGCUGACCUUCUUGAGGAAAAAGAAGUCCGAGCCCAAAGUGCUGUACGAGAUCCCUGCCGAGUACGGCAGCAACACAGGAAACGGGCCCGAGGGCGAACUGCCCGACGACAGCCAGUUCAACGCCCGUCUCGAGAAGAUCGUGGACAAGUCGGCCACCAAGGGCCGCCACGUGAAGGUGUCUCACUCCGGCCGGUUCAAGGAGAAGAAGAGGAUCCGCUCCACGCUGGCCGAGAACCCAGAACUGUUCCCCGCCACUCAAGCCAGCGAUGAGAACCAGCAGAGAUCCCAAUAAAGGGAGAUACUAGUCAUGUCCGCAAAACAACUCAGACAGGAUAACUAAGCAGACACAUCAAACAGACCUCCUCUACAAACACACACACACACACACACACACACACACACACACACACACACACACACACAGUCAUUAUAGAACAUACGGCAUACACAUGCACAUACGAUAAAGACAUGUGAGAAUGUAUUAUUAUAUAUAUAUGAAAAGCCUGACACAAUUCACAAUUUAGAUCCAUUGAGGCCAAAUUCCAGUGCAUACCAAAGACAGUGUGUGAGAAGUCUGAUGCCGAAUUCAACAGUCACGAUGGAUCUAAUAUCCCACUAAACAGAUUAAAACUAGCAUACACACACACACACACACACACACACACACACACACACACCCACACACACACACUAAUUCAUAUAGUGUAGUGUGGAGGUUAGGUUCCAUACAUAAUCAAUGUCCAUCUGAAAGAAGCGCUAUCCGAUUCUCAGAGGGCAACCCAUGGUCCACUAUAAACCACAUAAACAGUUAAAUAAUUAAUACGUAUAGUCAGUGCAAGCAUGUAGUGUUUCAACCAAUCACAAGGCGGGACAUUUCCACUUACUCAGGCUUACUGUCAGCCAUAUGCACCUGAUUUUUGUGCUUUUGUACAAAGUAAAUAGUUUACAUAUAAAGUCAAUAGUUUCCACUUACAAUCAGCAUGAACAACUUUGAUAGUUUCUGUUGGACUAUGAUUGGUUAGACUGCCUCUAUGGCAGACAUGACCCUUUAUGGUUGAAUCAUACUGGUGCUCAGAUAAAGGGAUUGUAAACAGAUAAACAAAUAAACAGAUAAACAGAUAAAACAUGUAAUAAAAUAAAAAGAGAAAUAUCUGUUUUAUUAUGAAUUUUAUUUGGUAUGUCAGGGAUUUUUUUUAAACAUGUCAUCAUAUUUUGAAGAUCAUUCGGACAAUAACAAUGUAAAACCCCACCUACUCCAGUGAUUCUAUUUUUAUCCUCUUAUUUUUGUGUUUGUUAUGUACAAAAUAAAUGUUCAAGACCAUUUAGAGGAAAGCUUUUAAGAGUGGCGCUAACAGUAGUCAAUCAAGCUUUAUAUUGAAUUGUUAUACUGACGACAAAGUUUUCCUUUUGAAAGAAAUUUUUAAAAUGUGUUAUUUUAUGUGACUGUACAUUUUGGUUAAUUUUGUAAAAUAUGAAAGAAAAUGAAGAUUUUGUUUUUGAUAUGUCAGAAAAUAAACAUAUUUGAAUCAU